UGCCCCUGGGAACCACAUUCCUCUACCUUCUGUCCUCUUCCCUGCAGAACCCAGAGGUGCCAUGGCGUCCGACCUGGAGAGCAGCCUCACCUCCAUAGACUGGCUGCCCCAACUGACCCUCCGAGCCACCAUUGAGAAGCUUGGCUCUGCUUCCCAGGCUGGGCCACCAGGGGGCAGCCGCAAGUGUGCACCAGGGUCCCCCACGGACCCCAACGCCACCCUGAGCAAAGAUGACGCGGCAGUCCACCAGGAUGGCAAACCACGGUACAGUUACGCCACCCUCAUCACCUACGCCAUCAACUCGUCCCCGGCCAAGAAGAUGACCCUGAGUGAGAUCUACCGCUGGAUCUGUGACAACUUCCCCUAUUACAAGAAUGCUGGCAUUGGCUGGAAGAACUCAAUUCGGCACAACCUCUCCCUCAACAAGUGUUUCCGGAAGGUGCCCAGACCUCGGGAUGACCCUGGGAAGGGCUCCUACUGGACCAUCGACACCUGCCCUGACAUUUCCCGUAAGAGAAGGCACCCUCCAGAUGAUGAUCUGUCCCAAGACUCACCGGAGCAGGAAGCAAACAAGAGCCCACGGGGAGGCAUUCCAGGGACCGGGGAAGCCUCACUGCCUCCCGAGGGGAACCCUCGGAUGUCACUGCAGAGCCCCACCUCCAUCGCCAGCUAUAGCCAGGGCACAGGAGCCGUGGAUGGCGGAACAGUGGCCUCAGGGGCUCCGGGCCGAGAAGGUGCCGAGGGCGCCCCUCCCCUCUAUAACACCAACCACGACUUCAAAUUCUCCUACUCAGAGAUCAACUUUCAGGAUUUAAGUUGGUCCUUCCGCAACCUCUACAAAUCCAUGCUGGAGAGGUCUUCUUCGUCGCAGCACGGCUUUUCGUCUCUCCUGGGGGACAUGCCGCCCUCCAACAACUACUACAUGUACCAGCAGCCGCCGUCGCAGCAGCAGCAGCAGCAACCGCCUCCACCACCACCACAGCCGCCUCCCCAGCAGCCCCAGCCCCAGCCCCAGCAGGCACCUGCCCAGGGCCCCUCGACUGUAGGAGGCGCCCCUCCACUGCACACCCCAAGCCCAGAGGGCUGUACCCCAUCAGGGGGAAAGCAAGCCGGGGCAGAGGGCUAUGGGCCAUCGCCUGUGCUGGCCCUGCAUCCGCCCCCAUUGCAGCACGGCGGCUACCACCCUCAGCAGCACCAUGCCCACUCCCACCCUACCCAGCAGCCGCCACCGCCACAGCAGCAGGCCCAAGGCCAGGCGCCCAUCAACAGUACUGGCUUUGCCUUUCCUCCUGACUGGUGCUCCAACAUUGACUCCUUAAAGGAAAGCUUCAAGAUGGUGAAUCGGCUCAACUGGUCCAGCAUUGAGCAGUCACAGUUCUCGGAGUUGAUGGAGAGUCUCCGACAGGCAGAACAGAAGAACUGGACCCUCGACCAGCAUCACAUUGCCAAUCUGUGCGACUCCCUCAACCACUUCCUGACUCAGACUGGUCAUGUGCCCCCGCAAGGGAGCUCCCACCGGCCACCAGCCCCUGCCCGUAUUGCCGACUCCUGUGCCCUCACCAGUGGCAAACAGGAGCCAGGCAUGAACCAAGUCAACUCCUACGGGCACCCACAAGGCCCCCACCUCUACCCUGGCCCAUCACCAAUGUACCCAAUCUCUACCCAGGACUCAGCAGGAUACAGUCGCCCAGCACACCACAUGGUCCCUCGACCCCCGGUCCCACCUCCCGGUGCCAGCGAGGAGAUCCCCGACGACUUCGACUGGGACUUGAUCACUUAAUGCGUCACACAGUGUGGACAUCAGCCCAGGGCGGGUGGUGAAGUCCGGCAGUGGGCGCGAGGCGGCUCAGUCUCCCCUCGCCCCCGCUUGUACAUAGAUAUAAUCAUCUGUGUUUUCUUCUCUGUCAGAGAAGCCACCGCAAGAUGCUGCCGAGGGUACCCUCUCUGCCCCACCUCGUUCUUCUCUCUUCUUUCCUGGUUUCUCCUGAUUCUUUAAUUCUUCUGAUGUUGUUGUUGGUUGUAUGCCGUCCCCCGUUUCCCGACCUGACACCAUAGACCAUGUCCACCUCUUGCUAACUUAAAACCGUCAGGCUAGAAGAUAAGGGCGUGACAGAUUUCAAACUCUGACUUAACUUUCUUCUUGAGAAACUUUGUGGCCUUUCCACCCUCGGGGCCUGAAUUGGUUCCUGUCCCUGUUUCAGGGCAGGACUUCACCCAGCAGCCAUGAAUCAGCAGGUUUUCCUCAAUGGUGCUAAUCCUGCCCUUUGAGCUUUUCCUUGCCCUUGUGUCCCUUCAGUCCGCGCCUCCGACAGCACUCCUUCCCUGUCAAGGGUGAGAGUGUUGAUGGCAGUGCAGGAAGGUCACAGUCAGUGACUCAUGGAACGGGGAUUGGCCCGGGACAAGUAGAACGCUGUGGAGAAGUGACAGACUACAUAGUGUGCGGAAGUGGGUGGACACUGCCCUGCCACAUAGGCAUCCGUUGGUUUAUUCCUGUCCUAGCCCAUUCUCCAAGAAGGUAGGAUUGGUCCUAGCCCAAACUCUGCUUCUAUGGUAGGGCAUGAGGUCAGCUACUCCCCGUAGGUUCAGCUUCUCAGAAACGCUUUCAAGUUAAUCAUUUUGACGUUCCAAGACAUUUUUUUUCCCUGUGAAAAUUCACUGUGGCUCUUUCUUGCAUUUGCAAAUUGUCCAUCUUUUUUCCUUCAUUCAGCAAAUACU